AUGGGAGCUCCACCACCAGUACCAGAUGCAGCCCCAUCCUUGCCAAGAGGGUUUUCAUCAAUCCCAAGGUCUUCUACCGAGAUUUCAAACAAAAGAAACUCUUUAGAUUCAACAAGGUCCAAAUCAAAUAGAAGAAGCUUAAGUGGCUCGACUGGUAGACCUGACCACACUCUAGCUGAAUCUAAUUUUACUGAUAUUGAAACUGAAAUCGCCAAUAUAAGUGGUCAAGCCAAUUGGUGGUAUAAGGGAGAAUUACCAGAAUCCUUAGCCAGUAAAGCCGGAACCGAAUUAAUUUAUGAAGUUGAUUCCAAUUCAAUCAAAAAAAGAGGAGGUAAAGUCAUAAAUUACCGUGACUAUUAUAUCUUAUUUCACGAUUUAUCACAGAUUGUUUUAGAAUUAGAAUUUGAAAGUGAAGACCCAAGAUCAAGUAUUAAAGUCGUUGGAUUCAGUACUAAAGCAGCACCUGCCAUAAGAAAGGAUCUUUUAGAUAAAUACCACCGUGAAUUUAGUAAUGAUUUACUUCAAGUUUCGGAAUCCUUGGUUGGUACCAAGAUAAAUUAUGGGAUUGUUGCUACAGUUUUCAAUAUUUUGAAAAAGAAUGCUAAAGAGGAAUCUUCUUCCUCUCAUAUUCUUGAACCCAUCGGAGAUAAAUCAUAUGGUGUGACUAUUUACAAAAACAUUAACAACACCAAUGUAUCUAAAAUCGAUGAUAUCAGACCUGGAGAUAUCAUUUGUAUCAAGAAUGGGAAAUUUGUUAGCCAUAAAGGAAUUGGUGGAAUCGGAGGCAGUAAAUCAAUUGUUCUCGGGGAUGAAGGUCAUGACAUAUAUCUGGCUAUAAUUACCGAAUACGAUCUUAAAAAAGAAAAAUUUAGAGUUUUAGAAACUGAUUCUACUGGUGUUGUUAAAAGAGAAGCCUACAAAUUGGGAAAUAUGAAGAGUGGUAGAGUUAGAGUUUACCGUGCAGUCACUAGAGAUUAUGUCGGCUGGUAA